UCAGGAAACUACGAUUACCCUCCUGCUUCUUCGUCCCGCAUUCCCCGUACCGCCCCCGACGAACGCCCUGACGUACUCCGUCUCCAGCAUCUCCGCAAUUUAGUAUCUGAACGCAACCGCUCUGGUGCCUACAAUUCUUACAACGCCAACCGUGCCCUGGAAACGCUAAAUCAAGAAAUUGCCGAACAUACCCUGGACCGAGCUCGCGACCGCACCAAUUAUCAACAAGCCCGCGCUGCCGUAGAUCGUCAGAUUCAACAAAUACAGUCCGAGAUAGCGAGCCCCGCAGAGCGACUACGGAAUAUUUGGCACGACCAGCUUCGCACAGAACGUCCUUCUUCUCGUCUCUCCCCCGAGUCUUAUUCCCGCCGCCGUAGUGUGCCCUGGUCGACUUUGAGUCCCAGCCUGGACGCAUCCAGAUCACCCUCCCUCAUGCCUCCGUCGGGCCAGUCGGGCCGCGAUGGCCACGGACGCCAGAAGCGUCGGAAGCUGGAUGCCGAUGACAACCGCGAGGGCUUCCAAGGAUUUAAUUAUGGGCAAUAUGGGCAAGUAGUGCCGGGAGAGCUGCAGAUGGAGAUAGCUAGCUGUGACGGAGGGAAUUACGAUCCAGACGGGGUGUGCUCCCGCCCAGAGAAUGUUCUGGACAACAACCAAAGCGUUUAUUCCACCAAAGAAGACCGCUGUAAUUUGGUCCUGUGUCACCGGGACGAAGCUCCGUUCUGUUUGAAGAAGAUCGUUAUUAGAGCCCCUCAAUGCGGCUUCGAUGCUCCAAUUCAGGAAGGGAUGGUGUUCGUCGCCAUGACCUCCGAUGAACUGCUUGCUCGCACCGCCCAGUACCAUAUCCAAUAUUCUAAUUCUCGAUGGCGUCGCCGCCCUCGUCGCAGCGGCUUGCCGCCAUCCCAGGAAUACCUGAGUGGAUUCCGGCCACCCCUUCAAAACCUCGAACGCACAAUUCUCAUGGGCCCUAAUUCGCACGCUAUUCCUGACACGUCGGAAGACCCACAAGCGCAGUUUCGCAUUACCACGGAGUACGACGAGAACAACGAGGAUAACGCAUACUCCGAAAACGAACAAGAUGGUUCCGCAGAUUUGGACGGGACGCAUGGUGAACCGUUGGAAAGUUAUACUUCUGAUACCGACGAAACACCAAGCGACAAUGAGGAGGACAGUGCGACCAUAAUCCCCCGCCGACGAAUGCAAGUACGACGACGAGGUAUGUUUGGACGAUAUCCCGAGCAGAGGCCCCGUCGUGAGCCUAGCCUUGUUCAUCCCAAUCCACCACCCGCAACUGCUCAGUCUACCGCCGAAGUCCUAAAACCACAUGCACGCUUCUUCAUUGAACGCGAGAAAAGCAUGGUCACCAUCAAGUUCGAUCCGCCUCCAUCUGGCCGGUUCAUUUUAAUCAAGCUGUGGAGUCCACGAGCCGAUGGGAAUAUUGAUAUCGAGAGUAUCAUUGCUCAUGGGUAUGCGGGCCCCCGGUUCUUCCCAAGCAUCGGCGCCCGCUAG